AUGGCCGACACGACCCAGGCUCCUGUCAACGGCAACUACCCUGCUCAGCACGCGUACCCUGCGGAUUCUUACGCCGCUGUCAACAAUACCAACAACAACUACCAGCCUACUCAGUCUUCAACGCCAACAAAUCCCCCUCCCGCUAACGAUAGCAAGCACGAGAUCCCCAAAGAUGAGGUUGGCUGGUACUUCGUGGAGCAGUACUACACCACAUUGAGCCGCAGCCCCGAGAAGCUGCACCUUUUCUACUCGCGCCGCUCUCAGUUCGUGUUUGGUAACGAAGCUGAGUCGGUCCCGGUUGUGGUUGGUCAGAAGGCUAUACAGGAGAAGAUCAGGGAGCUCGAUUUCCACGACUGCAAGGUCCGUGUCCUGAACGUCGACUCCCAGGCCUCGUUCGAAAACAUCCUUGUCUCCGUCAUUGGUGAAAUCUCCAACCGAUCCGAGCCAUCUCGCAAAUUCGUUCAGACCUUCGUGUUGGCGGAACAGCCGAACGGUUACUAUGUGCUGAAUGACAUCUUCCGAUACCUUGCCGAUGAGGAUGAAGAGUUUGUCGAACAAGCUCCGCCGGCUGAGGCGCCUGCCGCCACGCAGGAUGCUGCCGUCGCCAAUGCUGAACCUCAGCCUGAGAAACAGGCAGUCGAGGCUCAGGCAGACACCCAGGCCGCUGCCGCUAAAGUUGACGAGAAACCCGAGGCGGCUGCUGCUGCUGCCAACGGUGAACCCGAGAAGGCCCCCGAGCCCGCUCCUCAGGCCAAUGGUUCUGCUGUUCAGCCGGAGAAACCUGCCGUGCCUGUGACACCCGCAGUUCCGGUUGUCCCUGCUGAGCAGGAGGCCGUCAAACCGGAGGUUCCCAAGACGCAGGAACCUAUCCCUGCUGCGAACCAGGCUGCCCCAGCUCCGGAGAAGGAAGCUCCUCCUCCAGCAAAGGCCGCCCCGAAGACUUGGGCUAGCAUCGCGUCCAAGAACGACGCUGGAGCCGCGUCGGUUGCUACGCCCGUGGUUCCUGUUACCCAGCCUAAGCCUGCCGCUGCGCCUGCACCCGCCACCGCACAGCAACAGCAGCAGCAGCAGCAGCAACAACAGUCGCAGCAACCGCAGCAAGAUCAGCAGCCAGCGGCGGCCGCUACUACUGCCACUACUGAGAACGCGCCCAGCCAGCAAUCGUCCAAUGACGGCUCCGGCUGGCAGACUGCAGGCCACGACAACAAGCGGCAGUCCCGUGCGGGUGAUGAGCAGAAAUUUUCUGCUUAUAUCAAGAACGUCAACGAAAAAGUCGAUGCGGCUUUGCUUAAGUCGACCUUGGCUAAGUUCGGAAAGAUUCUGUACUUCGACGUCAACCGUCAGAAGAACUGCGCCUUCGUCGACUUUGCUGACCAGGCUGGCUACAAUGCGGCCGUUGCUGCCAACCCUCACCAGAUCGGAUCUGAACAGAUCUACGUCGAAGAACGUCGUAUCCGUCCCAACAAUUACGGAAAUGGCUACGGUGCUGGCCGAGGAGGCGCUGGUCGCGGCCGUGGCGAUGCUCGUGCUGGCAGCCAGGGUCGCGGUGGUUUCCAGCGUGACUCGGGCCGUGGUGGAUUUGCUCCGCGCGGCCGUGGAGGCAACGUCGCUUCCAAGGGCCGCAGCCAGCCUCAGGCGGCAUAA